AUGACGGUGGUGACGACGAGGAUGCCUGAGGCGCCGCGGAAGCUCCAGAAAUUCCUCAUUCUCUUCGACAAUUCCAGCUUGCUGUACUUUCCUGGGCAGUUCGUCACAGGCCGUGUCCUGGUUGAGCUGGAAGAGGACACUCCCGUUAUUGGUCAGUCCAUGUCCUGUCCCAUCAUCAGUCUUUACUUCCACGUGGUUGGGGAAGGAGUAGUGAGGCUGAUGGAUCGUCGAACCAGAACCACUGACCGGGAAAGCUACAUUGACUUCCGCAUGAAACUCCUUGGUGAUCAAGACCAGGGACCGGUGCUAUUGUCACCUGGGAUCCACAGUUUCCCGUUCAAGCUGGGAUUACCCUUGGGUCUCCCGUCGACAUUCCUGGGUAAGCACGGCUGGGUGCAGUACUUUUGCAAGGCGGCAUUGCGGGAACCCAACGGACUGACGCACAAGAACCAGCAGGUGUUCAUUGUCAUGAGUCCGAUCGACUUGAACCUUGAACCAGCUUUGCUCGCUAGUUUUGAAAUGUUCAAGCCCCACACCUUGAAUGAAGAAUGUGAUUUGUUCAAUUUGCUGAAGUACAAAUUUUGGCAGAGUACUUAUUUAGUUUCCUGUCGAGUGCGACUAGACAAAGGCGGAUACGUUCCUGGUGAGACCAUCAACAUUUGGGCGAACAUCCACAACAGCUCCAAGGUUACCAUCAAGCGCACCAAGGCGUCGCUCACAGAGACAAUACAGUACAUGGCGCAUAACAAAGUGAUUCAGACAGAGACCCGGGAAUUGUCGUCCAUAAGCAGAGGGAAAGUUGAGCCGGGAGAAGUUGCGGAUUGGAACAACGAGUCGCUUUAUGUCCCGCCUUUGCCGCCGACGAAUUUGAGAGGCUGUCAUUUGAUGCGGAUUCAAUACGACGUGUUUUUCGUAAUAGAACCCAAGAAUCUGGAGAAGGAAAUUAAACUGCAGCUGCCCAUCAUGAUGGCGACGUACCCGUUCCGCAAUGAUGACGGCACCCUGCGACGGAAACGGGGCUCCAGUUACCCAACAACCCUGCCCAUAUUCCGUCCCUGGCUCGACUCGAAACCCGAAUUCCCCGAGUGAAGUGGAGGACGAAGCAUUUUUUUUUCUUCUUCCUCUCCCCGAGAACGAGAAGAAGAUGAAGAAGCAAAAGAGAAGGAAGCAUAACUCAAGGAGGGAAGACAACAAGAACAACAACAACAAAAAAGUGUCUUUAAAUCUCCAGCAUUCUCUGAUCGACUCCGCCCGUGUUUUUAAUUUUUACCCAUGUUCUAAUUGUGUGUUGGCGGCUAUUGAAACCCCUGAUCCCCGCCGUUUUUUUUUGUGAGCGAUGAUCACGUUUCUUUUUCUCUUGUUGACAAGAAAAAUAUGAAGGAAAAUCUAUCUAGUCAUGUUAUACUUACAAUUCAGCUCAAAUUUUCAGAUCAAUUAUUUUUGGACAGAAAAAGCUAUAUAUACUAAAUAUGAUGUGAUGCAGGUGGUAUCUUGCAAUUUGACCAUGCCAAAAUCUGUCUGUCUUGCAAUUUGAUGUUCAAAUUUUCUGGGAGGUCAACUUGAAAUUUGAUCUCUGCCCUGCAAUUUGAACCACAUAGAGAUCCAAAACAUAAAAAUACAAUGUAGAAAACAUUGCAUGAGACAUUGUCUCACAAUUUGACUCCAGUCCAGCAAUGGAUUGGGGUCCAAUUGCAGGGCACCACCUGCAUCUAUAUGAGGCAAAAACAAUCUUCAUGCUCAGCAUUUUUCAAAAAAAAAAAUUCAUAUGUUUUGAAUCAUCAAAACCUGAAGUUUCAUAUUCUGUCAAUUUUUGGCGGUCAAGGAAUUUCUUGCUUUUUCUUUUGGGUAUUCUUUGCAUUUUUUGUAAGAAUUUCUGGAAUUGUUUUUUGCGCAUUUUUGCAAAAUCUUUCAUUUUAUCUCUCUACAAAUUGCUUCUGAGAGCCUAAAUGCCAAUGAACAGCCUAUGAAAAAUUGUAGCCUCACGCCAAUACGGUAUUUCAAAUUCAAACUUCGUCAAAUGAGAAAAAGGAAUGUGAGCUCUGCUCUGGGGGGUGAGAGGGGUUUUAUAAUCUGUAGGUCAAGCGUUUGCCAUGUGGGUUUGAGUGACUGAAACCUGUGAAAUUCGACGAAGGGUAAAAGAUAUAUGCUGGUGCUUCCAUGUUCUGCUGCGCGUAUAUUGUUUGUGUUUUUUUUUUGUGUGAAGAUACUGUCUUCCUUGAAAAAAAAAGAAGAAGCGCUGUAAGCAGUGGUUGUAUUGUAAAACGAUCAAGAAGAAGCAGUGAUGGUUGUUUUUUCUUCUGUGGUAAAAAAAAUGAAAUGAAUCUGGGACAGCUACGUUA